CAGAAAAGCAACAGUCCGAUUAGUCCGUUUUGUGUGCUCGUCCUCGUUAGGUGUGCGGUUUAAACAGGCGGGUAGGUCCGUGUGUGUGCGCCACGUAAAUUUUAAACGGCUUUUUCCAGUGAGUAGCAGCAGAAAAAAAUACAGAUUGUUAAACACCGGUCGAACGCGCGUCGGUUCAAAUCGAUCGAAUGUGGUGAAACAAACGUGAUUGUUGUUACAACAGCGUGACUCAUCGUGAAUUCUUACCGGGGGGAAGUUUUUAAACGGGGCUGAAAUUAAAACGUGAAUCCUACCAGUGCAAAGUGGUCGCCAGAAAACGUGUGGAAAAAAGAAGCUGAUUGAUCAGUUUUGUGCGAGCCGAGUACCCCGAAUCGAGGAGUUCGAUCGAAGAAGGCAGGUGGUUGGAAUUCAUUCCUGGGGUCAUCUCUCCCGUUCUAACCGAAUAAUUGGUUCUGGUCCUGCCGGUUGGCUAGAAAGGGAAAGCCUGCAAGUCUGGGAUUGCUUGGGUGUGUGAGUGUUUUGCUGCACUCGCUCCGAUCCCGAAUUAUGGUGAUGAUGAUGAUGAUCAAUGAUGAUGGCUUACCUGGUGAUGAUGAUUAAGGUUCAAUAGUUGGUCAUCGGGAGUCAGGUUUUUUUGGGGAUGUAAAUGUAGCUGAAUUGUUACACGCGUUGUAAUUGAACAACAUCGUGGGGCCAUCAUCGGUUGUUUGAUUGCUGAUUACUCAACACAGCUCCAAACAAAGCCAUAGCGAAAACGAUAGAGUAAAAUAAUUCGAUUAGCAACAAUGAUGGUGGAGUAACGAAACAAACAAGGGGUAAUUUUGCUUCCCCCCAAAGGAAAGUGUGCGCGCAAAACAGAGAAAGAAUCAAAACAUUGGCUUCGAACCAACAACCCCCCUUAUUUGGUCGCCGGUUGCUAUGUCAACGGGUUCAUAACAUUCGCCAAACGAUUUUGGAGCAACAACGAAAAAAAAAAGUUCGUCUAAGCAGGUGGUAAUUUUUCAACCAAAUAUCGAUUGUACCCGGGCGAAGAAAAUUCCAGCAAUGUGUGUCCCCAUAAGGGCUAGGGAUAGGGAAAUCCUGCUUGGGUAAGGUUUACUGGAAUAACACAAUUUUGAAGUUGCUGGGGAGUGUUUUGUGGGAUAGAAGAAGUUGAAGUUGAAAGUGUGUUACGAUACGAAACAGUAUGAAGGUCACAGUUUGCUUUGGAUCGACCCGAUUUGUGGUCCCCUGUCCACCGGGAACCACCGUGAGGAAGCUGGAGCAGGAGGCCAUUAUCCGGUACAAGAGAAAGAAUCCCGAAUCAUGGGUGGUGGUGCAUCAUCUACAGUCACAGUCCGGCAUACUGGAUCCGGAUGAUCACAUCAGCGAUGUGGCGGACGAUCGGGAGGAAAUCCUCGCCAGCUACGAGGAUUGCCCAGGUGGUCCGGAUCCGGGCGUUCCACAGGGUGGAGGAGAUGGUGCUAGCGGAAGUUCGGUGGGAACCGGAAGUCCGGACAUUUUCCGGACGGAUUCCGGCAAAUUUGGCCCCGAAACAUCUACCCCUCACAUUGAGGUCACAUCCACUGCCGAACCACCGAUGGGACUGGGUCUGCAGGUGCGCCGAGGAUCGGAACCAUCCCUACAUCAGAUAGGCGUCACAGAUCAACGAAGCCCGCUAUACAACGUUAGCCCGAACAGCCACCAGGACACCAAGCGGUGGUCGGCGGCACCGGUUUGCCGGAGCGAUUCGGAACCCCCGGAACGGCUUCUUUCGCCCCCGAAUGGGGUCAGCUACAUGUCCCCGGAGUGGAACGUCCUGCCGGAGGAAGAAUCUCACGACAGUCUGCCGCCGCAGCAGUUCAGUCGCUCCGGACGGCUUUCGAUGCAGUUCCUCGGUGCCGAGGCGGCCGUCAAUGGCUAUCGGUGGAUGGAUGCCGCCGAGCGGGCUUCCGCCAAUACCAGUGGCUUCAAUGGCGCAGGAGGACUUUCGACCAGUGCCAACUCGAGCUUCAACUCGAAAUCGCUACCGAGGGAAUCGACGAGGAAGGAGCCGCUGGGGCAGGCCAAUGCCUCCGUUUACGAAUCGCUGAGGGAGAAGGAUGGUGAAAUGCUGCUGGUGGUUAACGAAAACGGCGGUCCCCUGGGUCUGACGGCGAUUCCAGACCCGGACAUCGGUGGACUGCUGGUGCAGAGCGUGGAACCGGGCAGCCGGGCCGAUCGGGGCCGACUGAGGCGGGGCGACCGGAUCCUGGAGAUCAACAACAUCAAGCUGGUCGGGCUUUCGGAGAGUUCCGUGCAGGAGCAUCUCAGGAAGAGCCUGUCGUCGUCGGAGCUGCGGCUCCGGGUGAUUCGAGCGACGACUGCCCGGAAUAAGCGGGACAACCGGGUGUCGCAGAUGAUCGAGGCCGAGGAGAAGCCGGCGGGGACCAAGGUGGCAACGGUUUCUCCGACCAGGAAGGUUCCGGGAGCACCAUCGGGGAUCAGUAAUCUGCAGGCGGCCAAUACGAGGAAACUGGGCAAGCGGAUCGAGAUUACACUGAAAAAAGGAAUAAAUGGGCUCGGCUUUUCGGUCACUACCAGAGAUAAUCAGGCCGGGGGUCAGUGUCCGAUUUAUAUCAAGAAUAUCCUGUCGAAGGGGGCAGCCGUUGAGGACGGCCGAUUGAAGUCGGGCGAUCGGCUGCUGGAGGUAGACGACGUUCCGAUGACCGGUAAAUCUCAGAGCGAAGUUGUUUCGAUUCUGAGGGCAACGGAAUUUGGAGCCACCGUUAGGAUUGUGGUCUCGCGACAGCACGAGCUAGCGGAUGUUGAGGAGAGGGAAAUUGGUUGUGGAGUGGAAAACGAGCACAAAAACACACCGCCCAAGCCUCCACCACCGGUUCUCCCGAAGUCAGCUCUAAAGCAAACUUCCCGGGCCCGAUCGGAGGAGAUUCUGGACUCCCACGAUGGCACCAACGGUGGUCUCUACUACCAGUCGAAAAAUGUACGGUCGCUAGUAUCCAAAAUGUCCCCCCCAUCCUCUUCUGUGAAUCAGGCCUAUCAGCAUACCAAUGGUGGUCCGCCGCCGGUCCAAAAGAAACCCCUCACGUCGAUCCUCAAAUCGGCAUCGACUAAUCAGGUUUCCGAACUUUUCCAGGAUCAACAGCAGCAACACGUGGGAGGGAAUGCGGCAGGUUUAGGGGGCAGCAAUUCUUCCUCCAGCGGAACGGUUUCCGGUUCGGGUAUUCAGUGGAAGAAUCGCGAGAUCCUAACGCUGCACAUACCGGUACACGAUACCGAGAAAGCUGGUCUGGGGGUUAGUGUGAAGGGCAAAACCGGGUCCGGAAACAGCAGUAGUGGUUCCGCCGGGAGUGGCAGCAAACAUGACGGCGAUCUGGGAAUCUUCGUGAAGAGUGUACUGCAUGGUGGGGCUGCCAGUCGAGAUGGGCGGCUGAAGAUGAACGACCAGCUGCUGAGCGUUAACGGAGUUUCACUUCUGGGACAGUCGAAUGCCGAGGCCAUGGACACGCUGAGGAGAGCUAUGCUGCAGACUAGUGGAACAAGCCAUCCCGGUAAAAUAGUUCUCACCGUAGCUCGAAGAGUCGGUCGACCGAUGAGUACCGGGGAACUCGCGCACGAUCCGGUGGACAAUUCCAACUCCAGCGAACAGUCCGGUGCAACCGUGAUAUAUCUCAGUCCGGAGAAAAACCAGCAGCAGCAACCCGGCAGCGAGAAAUCGUCCCAGCACAAACGGUACAGCAAUCCGGUGCUGGACCGGCUAACCGGGGGAACUGGUGCGGGCGGUUCCUCUCAGUCGCUGCAGUCUCAAUCAAGUGCCAACAAUGGUGGAAGUCCCACCAAUACUUUGAAUGGUCAUCAUAAUUCGGCGUACCAUCACCAGCACCAAAGACCGACACCGAUGCAAGCUGGCGGUGCUCAUCAGCUACGCAACGAGAGCUACUACAUGGCCACGAACGACAACUGGAGCCCGGCCGGCGGAAUCAAUCUCAAUGGGAGCAAUGCGGUGCUGAUCGAGGAAGAUCCGGAACCCACCUCACCCACCUUCAACCUAACCCGACCGAUGGAAGGCGGCGCCCACUCGACGUCAACCCCGAACGGCGACGUCACCUAUGCCAGCCAGCUUUCGCUGGAUACCAAUCCACCCGGGCUAGAUGCCUUCUCCCGGGACGCCAUCGGUCGCCGGUCAAUGUCCGAGAAGCAUCACGCAGCGCUGGACGCCCGAGAAACCGGCACCUAUCAGCGGAACAAAAAACUCCGCGAAGAACGGGAACGGCAACGGAAGGCCGGCAUGUCCGGUGCUGGAUCGGUGGAAUCGCUGACCAGCGGCCAGAUGGGCCGGAUGAAUAGUUUGAAGGCCAAGUCGGAUCUCAAAGCGGAAGCGCUGGAUCGAUUGGGCGAACUGGGACCCUCGUUGGGUAUGAAGAAGUCUUCGAGUUUGGAGUCGCUACAAACCAUGGUGCAGGAAAUUCAGAUGGCCGAUGAACCGCGGGGACCGAAUGCACUGAGGACGCCUAGGGGUCGGGGCCGAGAGGAGAUAUUGAGGGCGGCCGUCGAACGACCACCGGAAUCUCAAGCCAAGAAGCACUGGCUGCUGGAGGAUGCAGCGCCGGAAGGCGACUCGGGUGGUUUUGCCCCUCGGGGAAGUCCAUUCCAAUCGUCGUUGAACGACGGAAAGCACAAGAACCGACCGAAAAAGAAUGGCCUGUUCCGUGGAAUCGGUCACAUGUUCCGAUUCGGCAAGCACCGUAAGGACGGCAUCGCACCCAUCAGUGACAACGUCCCAGCGGAUUACACGGCUGGUGGCUGGAAUGAAACAUCCGCUGGCUCUUCUUCGUCGGCUCAACAGAAAACUCAAACCCUCACUGUUAAGAGUGCCAGUUCCAAGAACAGUCAAACUAUUGGAGGAGGUCCGCUUCCAAACGGAACUAGUAGCGGAUCCAAAUCGAGGACCGGUUCGAUUGAGCGGUCUGCCAGUGCCGGUGUUGUUCUGAAUCAUCCUCCUCAGUAUCAACCUCCGCCACCUCCCCAGGGGCAGCAGGGUCACGGCCACCAAAACGGAGGAACCUCGAUCCACCACACGGAUGUGUUCAACCAUCGGUAUUCGCACUACGUCAACUACGAGGAGCUGCAACAGCAGAUCAGUAACCGACUAACGCUGGGCUCGCGGUCCUCGUCCUAUGGUAAUCUUGCUAGCUCUGGUGGUAGUUCCGCUAACCAUAUCUAUGCUCUAAUAAGCCACAACCUUAACAAUAACGCUACCACGAAAAGCACCGGCUGCUACCGUACUACUACUGUUAGUCCUAAUAACCCCGCUAAUCAAACCGCCGCUGUUCCGGCCGCCGUCACAGUCUUAGCCUCGAGUCGACCCCGGUCGAUUUCGCCCCCCACAACAACAGUGGUCCGCAGGGUCACUCCAUCACCAGUCCCACUAGCAUCGGACAUAAGGCCGGAUCUACUGCAAACCACCGAGCUGCUGGCGGCGGCAGGUUUGCUUACUUCCAACAACGUUCACCGACGGCCACGCCUCGUAACUCCGGCCCCGGAAGCCGAGGAAAACACCAACUACCAUCCGCGGCAGCUAAGCAGCGACUACUGUCGGUAUGUGAGCCGAACGCUUGGACCAGCACCGCCAACAACGGACACCAUCCACCAGCGCCGGGGUACGGGUUCGUUAUUCCUUCAGCCGGAACUAAUGGACGCCGGUGUGCCUACCAUCAUCACCACCAGCAGCAGCUAUACCAUCAACAUCAGCGGCAAAAGUACCACCAACACCGGCAACGGUGCGAGCAGCAGCAGCAGCAGCAGUACCAGCAACAGUGGACCUAGUAGUGGUCCACCUGUUCCGGUGGAUUCCGUCCUGUCGGAAUCCAUACUGGAGCAGAUGCGGCAACAGGUGCGCCGGCAGCGGGAAAAGGUUGAGGAGGAAAGUCGACGACAUCACCAUUAUCAUUCCCAAAGAUCAGCUCGCAACACACCCCCGGUGGACCUUAGCAGUUUGCAGCAUCAUCAGCAACAGUUGGCUCAGCAGCAACAGCUCAAGUUGAAACAAGGCCGGCCCGUAUCCAGUUAUUACGACGGGGCGGGUGCACCGACUUACGAAAUCAUUCAGCACAAUGGCCUCGGGGGAUCGCAGCGGAAGUCCAGUCAACCUUCUUCGCCCUCCAAACAGCUGCAACAACAACAGCAGCAACAGAUCAAUGGCAACAGCAACAGCAACAACAACUGGAACGGGACGAUCUCAUCGACCGGAAGUGGGGGCAGCGGAAGCACCGGAGGACCUCCACCCGGCUACCAUCAUCAGCCUCCUAGUGGGCAUGGUUCGAUCCGCAGCCGGGGCCCAUUUGUGACCCAGGUCCAAAUCCAGAACCCGCUGCCCUAUCAAUGAUCCGAAGCCUAACUGAAGGCGCUUUUGGAUAUCUCAAACGGUUUUGUUCAAUCACCCCUGAAUUGGUUAAAUUAUUAGGCAUCAGGCAAACCAAACUGUUCAGUCUCGAGUUCUCGAUCCGUCAAAAUGAUGUUUUAAAUCAUUUGUUUCUUUCGUUACCAUUUACGUUACGAAUUAUUAGGCUCUAGUUACGCGGAACCGUUACGUUAAGUAAGAAGUAUUUAGCAGGUUAUAUUUACAGUUUUCAUAUCAUGUCAUAGUCCGUAUCAUCAACAAGCUUGUAUAAUUAUUUACUUUUUUUUUACCAAACUGACCACCUUGAAAUGUUUCUAAGCUUCUACUUACUAUUUCAUUAGUUUUUUAUCCACUUUUUUUACUUCUAAACGAAUCAUUUCAAAAGACUCAUAAUAAAUCGCUUUCAUGUAUGUGUGAGUAAAGUCUCUAUUGUAAAUUAUUAUAAUUUAACAUUCGAACAAAAAAAACAAUAAAGCAUCGAACCGCAUCCCGUUAAAAAAAAUCGAAUAAAUCGCGCUGUGUAAAUAAUUCAAAGCCUGAAACAAACAUAGGAAGAAACAUUUUUUUUUCGGUUCCAAAUCUCCGCUAGUUAAAUUUAAAAGAAUAAAAAAAUCGUGUAAAUAAUACCUUUAAAUAAACCUAAAUAUUGUAGGGAAUAAACUAAUAAGAAAAAAAAUCCUUCCAUUUAUAUUAAAAAAAAAGUAAGUUGAUCUUCAUUGAUGUUUAUCUUUAUUGAAAACAAGAGAGAAAAAUAAACUAUCGGAAAACACAACCGUUCCCGGAAGGUUUUGGUGCAACCGGUUAAAAAUUGCACCACGUUUAAAUUAAAAUCAAUAUUAAUAGUUAUUAUAUUAAAGAGAGAUAAAAAAUAAAAGAAAGAGCUGUACUUACUUAGGUUUAGAGGCAGAAAAAAACUAAUACUGAUUGAGUCCGAAAAUCGGUGAUCAAUAUGAGAAAAAAAAACUUAAAAGUUCUCAACCGAAUUCCAUUUGUUAAGUAUCGGAUGUUAAAGUUUUAAGGCUUUGUACUUAUACUUACUCAAAAAGCGAAAAAGAAACAAAAAACCGCGUUGGUAUUUCCGAUCAAGAGUAGAUAUCAUUGUGUAAAAUAUAUUCCAAAACUAAAAAGAUUACAACAA